AUGGUUCUCCGUGGCAUCGUCGACUCAGGCGCUACUUGCUCAUACUUGAUCGUCCCUCACGAGUUUGAGGUCCCGUUUGCGAUCAAGGCUCUGGCUUCACCACCCCGUGUACAGCUUGCGGAUGGUAGCACCGUUGUUAUCUCCAAGUCCGCCUCUCUCAGCUUCGAGGUCUUGGACUUGACAUCUGGUGGUUGGUUUGGUGAGAAGAACCACGACUUCCGGUUUCUCCGCCUUGGUUUAUCUGCUUCUGGUGGCACUAAGGCCCCGAGUUCUCGUUCGUACCCCUAUUGUUUAAUCGGUCGAGAUCUCAUAGGUGCCCUCGGACUUGUUUGUCAUGGUAUCGAGCGCGCUUACAUCUCGGAGCAUCUCGUUCAUGAUGUCAGCAGAUCGACAACCACCUCACCACCGUCACCAGCACCUGACGCCACUGAGGUCAUCGUCGAUUGCGACACUGCUUACGUCGCCGACUCGACACCAUCAGCUGUGGAUGACCAGCUUCUCAUCCGGCUACCAACUACUGCUGAGUCUUCUCUGCUCAAAGUUCUAAACGAGGCUGUCAUAGCUGGUUGGAAGCCAAUACCUUUGUCUCCUGGUUACAAGACGAGGAUCCGUAAGCUCUCCAACAACGACAGUCGUGAUGUUUUCAUGCAACAGUUCGUCGCCGAGCUUUAUCUACCGUCACUCAAACUGCAACAAGUCCAAACCCGUGACUAUGCGAAGGCAAUGUAUUCAAAGCUUCCCGAUGACUUGAAGGAGCAAUAUAAGAUAGCUGUUGAGGACUACGUGUCGAAAGGGCUCUGGCAGAAACCCAGUCAAGAACUCAGCCAGUCCUAUGAUUUUCGACGACUUCCUUUCUCUAGCACCUUUAUGGUGCACGGUGGCAGUCGUCGACCAAGGUUAGUGAUCGACUUACGAAGUACCAAUGCCCUGUUACCGAAGACCACUGCUUCCAUGGCUAAAUUAUGGGAGGCUACUACCUCUCUGCGUGUACUUUCCCCUAACACUAUAGCCGUCGCUGAUAUCAAGAGUGCCUUUUAUUCGAUACGGAUAUCAUCCGAGUCGAAGUUGCUCUACUUCAAGAUUCGUACUGCGGUAGGGGACUUCAUCACUACCAGGGUCGGUUUUGGAUGCUCCCCAGGACCAGGCUCUCUCAUCAAUACCUUGGGCGAUUUGGUCGAGCGCUAUCGGUCCGGCUUGGUAUCUCUCCCAGGAUGGGUGAUCGACUUCAUUGACGAUCUGAUCAUAGCAGGUUUCGCCUGCGCUGUUGUUAACAACUUGGCACAGCUUCUGUGGCUUCUCCAACUCGUCGCCUUCUGUGCUCAGCAAAAGAAGCUCGGUAUCAUCUGUGCACCUUCACAGGCGGAUACAGUUGUGAAGCUGUUGGACGAAUGUAACAUCAACCUCCCUGUUGCUGAGUCCAUCUCUAUCUUCAACGCUUCUUUUCGGUAUGAGACCUCUCACUCUGAUAAAGCUCCUCCGGUGGUGCUGCUUGCAGUCGAUUGUAGGAGGACUGAGCGUAUGGAGAAGGCCAUCUCUUACCUAAACGGCGGUCGCGCUAUCUCACUACGACUUACCAAGAAAGCCUACUUCUGUCUUGCUGGCGUAAUCUCUUUCGACUGCUCAAGACUGCACGGUGAGAUGAGACUGCUGGGAGACGUUAUUCGGGCAUUUAUUGGAAGUCGUUUUGCCUCUACCCCAUGGGACAAAGAGUGUGAUCUUAGUUCGCUCAACCCUCGAGAUCAGUCAUGCUUUACUGAAGUCGUCAACUGGGGUCUUGAGCUCUGCAAGGCCGAGAGUAGUCCCUGUCAUCAUACCUCUACUGUCUAUGAAGCUGGUGACGAGUCGUCUCGAGUCUCCCUGGUGGCAUCUUGCGACGCAUCACUCUAUGGUGGUGGUAUCGUAAUCUCUCGUGAUUGCCCUGGUUCUGGUAAGCCACCCGAGAUCAUUCUGUCGGACUGUCUGAGGUUCUCUCGCACACAGGCUAACUAUAGCGCCAAUCGUCGAGAGCUUCUAGUCUGCUUGCAGACUCUCCGUAUACUGUCGUCGCUGGUCGAGUACCUCCGUUCAGUUGCUACCAGUCAAUCUCGCGAUCUGGCUAUCGCCAUCACUCUACAAUGUGAUAACCGCUCCUCCAUAAGCUGGAUCAACGACCCUACUGCUGUUGUCCGUCUCAAGACAUCUAAGGCCCUGGAGAAGCGGUCGAUCAUACGUCUGGUGGAGUGUAUCGCACAAGAGAUCAGUUGCAUCAGAUGUUCCGGUGCUACUAUCACUGUCUCUCACGUGCGAGGUUCUUCCAAUGUCCUUGCUGACGCAGCAAGUCGCUGCCUAGACAGGAUUGUCCCCAAGUCUGGCAAUCAGUCAUUAGGUGCACUCCUUCUCUCCAGAGGGGAGGGCGAGGGUAUCAAGAUCAACGAGAUCUACAACUCUGUCCGGGAGAAUACCGUCGAGGUCGUUGGGCGAGACUCUGAUGAUCCUACUGACUGCUGUUUCGCUCUUACUGAUCCUUGCCUCACAAGCUCAGAGUGCGAUCUCUGCGCUCUUCUCCAAGGAACACAGAAUGCUCGGAUUCGUUGUCAUGCUGCCCAUCAUCCCGACUGCUGCAGAGUCCUGGAAGAUAUAUCCAUCGACAGAGCUACGCCCAGUUCUAGCUUCAUCGCUCGGAACAUCAUGGACGAUAUAGCGGGGACCGCUGACGUCCUCGACACCAUCAACUGCGUGUUCGAACUUCGGGAUGAUCUACAAGUUGCUGCUUCUGUCCAGACACAGUCUGAGCCCAUCGUUGAGGUUAUAUCCGCUUACUCUUAUGAUCUCGACGACAUCCUAUGGCGUGUCGAACUUCUCCGGAAGAUUCUGAGGGUCCUUAAGGAUAAUAAAGAGCGGCCUGAUGCUCGUAGGCUCAACGUGCUUCUUACAGAUCACUGGGGUCAUGCCAACAUCAGAGCAGCUUGCCGAUCAGCACAACGUCAAAUGCUUGCAUCCCCUGUUAAGAGCACAAUCGGCAACAACUCAGCCCAACAUGGUGGUCCGGUUCACUUCUCUGUCGACGCUGAGCUCGCGGAUGUCUUCGUACAUCGGUCAGGUCUGAGUGAUGGCUCGGUUAUCCUAUUGCCCAUUGUCCCACGAGAGGCAACUAUGUUCGGCCGGAAGAUAGUGUUGGACGCUCAUCGCGAGAAUGCUCACCCGGGUGUUCCGGGUACUGUCGGCUUCAUCCGUGACUUCUAUCUCCCAGCCGUCAUUGGUCUCGCUAAGUCGGUGGUUAGCAGUUGUAUAUGCUGUCGUAUAUCCAAUGCUUCUCGAGGGUGGCAUACGCCCCCAGGGACGGCUGACGUUGACUCUAUGGCUCGUUAUGGUCCCUAUCACUGCGUCACCAUUGACGUGGUCAGCCUAGGCGAGAAGACGCACGCAUUAAGUUGCCAGUGUCGUUUUACUCGUCAUGUCACCUGGCAGCACAUUCCCGACGAGACGACCAGCUCAAUACUUGACGCCCUGUGUCGAGCUCAGGUUCGCGCUGGUCCUUUCAGGAUCAUCCUCUGUGAUAGAGCUUCGUAUUUCAGAAGCACUAUCUUUAUAGACGAGGUUGCCCGACGGCUUGGCUCUGAGGUUCGUUUGCUAUCGAGGCAUGCUCCUUGGGAAGGCGGUCAUGAACGUCAUCACGGUGUUAUGUGUGCUCUGCUACGCAAUAGCCUACGGCAUAGCGGCGGUAGACUUCUAUCUCUGACUCCACAGCAACGCCAAGACCUGUUCGACCGUAUAUGCCUGGUGCACAACAACCUACCUCUUGGCAGCUACUUGUGGCUGAGCGGCGACAAGCUUCCUGUCUGCCCAGAACUGCUUUGCAAUGGUCGCCUUCGUUCACUCAAUCGCACGACCAUGAUGUUCUGUGACAACGUACUGCCGUAUAGAGCAGCUCAAGCAGCCCAGCGUACCUUCUUGUCCGAAGGUUGGGCUCUCAUCAAGCGUCGUAACAGUGCAGUCAGACCCAUCACUAGAGUGGCUCAUGAUGCCUUCGACCCUGGUCGUACGGUCCUUGUCUACUCCCCAGCUCCUCGUAAGCUAGCCAAGAACUUCACGAUUGCUCACGUUCAUCAGAAGAUCUCCCGCAAUCGCGUCGAAGUGAUCCUACCCACUGGUGUCAAGACCGUGGAGAAUAUGUACAACGUCCUACCCAUUGGUCGACAUCCCGAGGACUAUCCAGCCCGAACUUGCGGACCUUCUCUCGUUGGGAUGCCCAUCCGAGUUUGGAUAUCAGACACUAAUGGUGCGGGUCGGUGGUAUAGUGGCUUCAUCACGGAUCAGUCCAGCGACUUCGAAGUUUUGGUUAGCUGGUCUAACGGCGACCCUGAGGAAUGGCUCAACUUGGCGACCGAGCGCUGGCAGCCCUCAACUGAUGACGGUGUUGGCACACCGCCAGGGGGGCGUGUGGAAUCGGAUGAUGACGACUAA